AUGUACUGGACUCAGGUCCUGUGGUCUUUGGCCUACAGUGUGCAAUUCAGUCUAAUCCUGCAGAACCAGGGUGUGUAUUUUGACUCAGUGUGUGCCAAAGAGUACAGACCCAUAACAGAGAAGGAUAUACAGGUGCGGGAAUUGUUUCUCAGAGAGGAUGCACUACCCUCCUUGGGAGCAGGGACACUUCCAUCUAGCAGAAUGCCGGGUAUGGAGCAGAAAAAUACUCAGCCUCAGGCUUGCUCCUCCACUACCCCACGCAGGGACAGUGGGGUUGAUGUAACAGCCAUAUCUGAGGGAUAUCAUCUGAAUAAAAAAGAUCUGGGGAAGCUCCACAGAGCAGCAUCUACAGGGGAUGUCGCAAAGGUGCAAUGGCUGCUUCUCCUGAAAAAGCAGGAGAUCAAUGAAACAGAUAAAUUGAACCGGACGCCUCUUCACCUGGCCUGUGCCAAUGGAUAUCCAGAUGUUGUGUCUCUCUUAGUAGAGAGAAAUUGCAACCUAAAUGUGUGCGACGGAGACAGUCGAACUCCUUUAAUUAAGGCUGUACAGUGUCAGCAGGAGGAGUGUGCAACUAUCCUGCUCAGUCAUGGGGCAGACCCCAAUGUUGUAGAUACCAGAAACAACACUGCCCUUCACUACUCUGCCCUGGGUCACAACACAACUAUAGCAGCAAAGUUGGUUGAACACAAAGCUGAUAUUGAAGCAAAAAACCAGGAAGGCUAUACACCACUUUUACUUGCAAUUACAGAACAUAAUGAAGAAAUGGUAGACUUUUUCUUAAAGAAUGGAGCAAAUGUGAAUGCUUGGGAUAAUUCCAAAAGAACAGCCCUCAUGAUUGCUGUCAGUACUGAACCAACAAGUAUAGUCAAUCUUAUUCUUCAAUAUAAUAUUCAUCUCUCUUUCCAAGAUAAUGAUGGAUGGACAGCUGAAGACUAUGCUCUUGUCAGUGGUAUUCCUGCUCACCGGGAACUAGUUCUUCAAUAUGGAAAGAGACAAGUUAAUCAGCUCCCUUCAGCCAAUAUCAGUAGUCCAGAUGGGGCUUCUGAUACUGGAUUUACUUUGGGUAAUCCUGCCUUGGACAAAGAAGUCUCUCAGGAUGGGCACACAUCAAUUUUACUUGCUAUUACUGAAAAUAACCCAGAAAUGGUGGCCAUUCUCCUGAAGAAAGGAGCAGAUGUGAAUGCUACAGAUAAGUUUCAGAGGUUCCUCCAGGCUGCCCUCCCUCCACCCCUUCUCUUAUUGGUUCAUUUUAUCCCAUUGUUGAGUUGGUGUUUUCAGCGGGAGCGGUCUCUGCACCUUCUCAAAGACUCCGAGGGACGUCUCUCAGGGGGGCUUCCCAAGGUCCUUGUUUCGGAGAUGACUGUCACCUCGAAUCUGGACGCUAGAGACUUCCGCACGGAGGUGUCCAGCACUGAGUCAAAGGUUCGGAGUUGA